AUGUCAAACACCGUACCAAACCGUGACAUCCAGACCAGACCCACCCUUCGCCUAAGAGGCAAGGGUGCAAAUGAGCUGAAAGAACCCCGGAUUUCAGAGCAUCCGCGGGAUGGACCGUGGAUGCCAGAUCCAAGUGGGUUGGAAAACGAGUUAGCGGUCCAGCCACCCGACACAAAGCCUGCAACAGGAGUCACCAUGGACGAAUACAGAGCUUCGUUCAAAGUGGACCGACAAGAGGCAAGCAAAAAAAUGAGGGAGCUCAAAGCAGAGAACAGGCUUGAUGAGGUCGAGCUUCAGUGGGCCGUUAUAAUGUGGAAUUCAGUCGAUAUGAUGCGUACGGAUGGUUGGUCUGAGGAUGAGAUCGAAUCAGCCCUGGAAAGAUACUAUGCUGGUCCUCAAUAG